AAAUUUUUUCUGAACUAGUUUUCUCCGCCAAUCUUCUCCUUCAAAGUUCAAACGGUGAUCUCUCUCUUCUUCUUUUCAGCGAUUUCUUACUCUCUCUCUCUACAUUCAAUUCUCAAAAUAACAGUCUUGGACUACUAAUUAAUACCUCAGUAUCGAUGUAAUUAAUGUAUAUAUAUAUGUAUGUAUAUAUGUAAAUUAUUUGUCUAUAGUUUGAUUUGGUGUCACUACAUGUGAUGGCUACAUCGGCGUUCAAGUCGACGACGCAGAGAACGCCGAUAUCGCAAUCGUUGACUGGAGCCAAAGACUCUUCGUCCUCUAGUCGGAGCUCCGCACAGCGCCGGUCCCGGAGUUUGAGUAGAUUCUCUAGAACGCUGCGGCCGGGGGCGGGGGAGGACUUCGAUGAUGUUCCGGCGCCGAGAGGGAGGUUCGUGAAUACUGUUAGGGGAUCGGGGUUUCCGGAGAUAAGCCUAGAUGAUCUCGCCAUAGAGUUCUUCGACGCCGACUGCAGCAGCAGCAACAGCGACCGUGGGCGGUCAGCUUCGAGGAAGGAUGACAUCAGCCCUAGAAAAGGAGGACCAUCGAGUGCGUCGCAGAGGCGGGGACGGUCGGUGUCCAGGCAGAGCUCGAGAGUGAGUGGCGCUGGCGGUGACACGAGGGAGAGUCUUGGUAACAGUCAUACUGGGAGAAGGGGAGAUUUGGAAAGCAAUUCGAGAAGAAAGAGAUCGGUAUCGGUGGUUAGGCACCAAAUUAGCGACACGAGGGAGAGUCUUGGUAACAGUCAUACUGGGAGAAGGGGAGAUUUGGAAAGCAAUUCGAGAAGAAAGAGAUCGGUUUCGGUGGUUAGGAACCCAAUUAGCGACUCUGAGAACUUAGGCGGCUAUUCUAAGCCGAGAAACAAUCAGAUGCCUCUGUCCAGUGUGCAAACACCUUCAAAUCAUAGACAAGUACUGAGAAGGUCUAUCAGCCAGAAGGAUUUGACGUUGCAUGAUGAUUACUCUAGUCAGUCUUCUGCCUUAACUGAUGAUGAAGGAAGGGAUACUCGGUCAUACAAAAACGGGAUAGAGAGGACAAUAAGAACAGUUUGUGCGCACAAGGCCGAGCACCCAAUUGGGGAAGAUGUAAAUGGUGGGUUGUAUGAAGUAAUGCGGAAGGAACUUAGACAUGCUGUGGAGGAGAUCAAGAUGGAACUUGAUCAAACAAGGUCAAGCAAUAGGGCUUCUGACUUUGUAGGUAAUCAUCACUUACAACCAGAAAAUACUAACGUUCUCAAGGCAGUUUCCUCGAUAAGAAGGAGUUGUGCAACUGAACUGGAUAAGUCUGAGAAGCGAAGACAAGACUUGUUGGCAAAAAUAGUUGUAGAAGAGCAGCGUGGGAGAGAGCUUUCUAUGAUCGCAAAGGAUCUGCUUCCUGACAAAAAGGACGAUGCUGAAAAGAAACCAUCACGGGCCAGAAAGAGGAGUAAUGACCGAAGUAGGAUGUCUAAGCGAUUGGAUGAGGAGGCAGAAAAAUACAUUGAGGACUUCAUUUCAAAUGUUGAAGAUACUGAUAUUUCAUCAUUAGAUGGUGAGAGGAGUGAAACAAGUUCAACUUUUGGUGGAAUUUCAAAGUCAGAAACUUUUCAAACGCCACCAAUGUCCAAGUCUAAUUUGGUUGAAAUGGAUGGAGUCGUACUGCCCUGGUUGCAGUGGGAGACCACUAAUGAUGAUUCUUCUUUAUCUUACAAGAGCAACAAAUCACCAGUGAUGCAGAGUUGUAAUUCAUGGAGUGUGGUUCAGGAGACAAUCCCUAUAGCAGAUUUAAGUAACCAUUCUCUCAGCAGCCAUGGGAGUUGGAGCCCGGGUGUUAAUUUUGGUCUUGUGAAUACUGUAGAUAGCCCUAACAAGUCACGAGAAUCUGGAAUUUAUCAGAACCAGUUUUCCUCUGGCAGAGCGAAAAGGUUACAAUAUGAUGUGGAAGAAUAUCUCAAUGUUCAAAGCGAUGACGAGAUUCUCUACGAAAGAUUAAGGCAACAACAGAGGAUCCAUUCAGGUGGUCUCAUGCUUUGUAACCAAAUGUUCUUUUAGUUAGAAACUCGUUUUGAAACUUUCAUUAUGAUGAACUAGAAUGGUAGACGUAAAACAUAAACUUGAUUUUAUGCACCUUCAGAGCUUGACCUCAUAGAGUAUUCGUGUGAAGUUAUCUUGGAGGUUCACAUUCUGGGUUAA